AUAAAAGAUGAUGAUGUGCUGCUCACGGGAUUUGUUGUCCUCAUUUUGUUGCUGUUAGGAGAGUGCGUGUUUAAGAUGAAAGAAAUGCACUUGCACGGCCUACAAGUGAGAAGUCCUGGUGGCUGGAUGGAGGAGAUGCAUUUCUGCAAUGGGAUUGCUGUCCAUCCUGCGUAAGCUAAAGAGCACACCCGACCAGGAGGUUAGGAUACUACUUCUGGGGCUGGACAACGGCGGGAAGACCACCUUGCUCAAACAGCUGGCAUCUGAGGACAUCAGCCACAUCACCCCCACACAGGGAUUCAACAUUAAAAGCGUCCAGUCUCAGGGUUUUAAACUGAAUGUUUGGGACAUUGGAGGACAGAGGAAGAUCAGGCCGUACUGGAGGAACUACUUUGAAAACACAGAUGUGCUGAUUUAUGUCAUCGACAGCGCUGACAGAAAAAGAUUUGAGGAAACGGGUCAGGAGCUGGCUGAGUUGUUGGAUGAAGAGAAGUUGAGCGGCGUUCCGGUGCUGAUCUUUGCUAACAAGCAGGACCUGCUGACAGCUGCGCCGGCCUCCGAGAUCGCAGAGGGUCUCAAUCUGCACACCAUUCGGGACCGCAUGUGGCAGAUCCAGUCCUGCUCUGCCCUCACUGCUGAGGGGAUUCAGGAGGGGAUGAAUUGGGUCUGCAAGAGCGUGAACUCCAAGAAAAAAUAGCUUUGCUUCUAGUCUUCUUCUACUCAGGAGGAACAGCAGCAGCAGCAGCAGCAACCACACACACACACACACUGACACACAUUGCACCCUCCUGAGCCUUAGUACGAUGGGAUAUACCUGUGAAUGUAAACACACUACUAAUCCAACAUGGACUUGGAGUUUUUAAUCCCCUGUAUUCUUUACAUUCCUGUAUCGCUGAUGUUUAUUAAUCUCAACACUUCGUCCUACAUGGGCCUCUACAAAGAGGAGCGGGGUUUUGACUUCAAAGGGAACCCAUGCCGGGAAAUAAACCUCCUCCACCCAGACUACCCACGUCACCAUCACUAUCCCAGCCACCAUCCGCAGCCAGUCACAACCUCAAACAUUCCCAUUAAACAGCUGUCUUUCAUUGGAAUUUCAACAUAUUCUGUAAACUCUUUCACACACUUCUCACCUUUUUCUUCAUCUCAUUCUUACAAGUUGAUGUGUUGUUUUUUUUUUCUUGUUUGUUUUAUCAUUCCACAACAGCUGUAAGCGCUUUUCCUGCUAUGGCUAUGUUUGAAGUGAGGUAUAUUUUUGUAAUUGUUAUAUUUAUGGUAGAGUGCGUUCAAACAACAACCGGUGUGCUGUGUGUGAUUUAUAGGGUGUUGGAGAAAGGGUCUGACUGUCCCCACUAAAGAAUAAUACUGUACAUGUUAAUAUGUAUAAAAAAAAAACAACAAAAUAAUGAAGAGGCACUACAUUUUUCGAUCAAAUGUAAAUAGCUCGGCCCUGUGUUCUCAUGUUACGUACUGUACGUCCCAAUGCAUUUCUUUAUGCUCUCUGGGUUAUUUAGGGAAUUCACUUUUUUUGGCAUUUCCUUUUGAUAUUCUUGAAUGUAAUCUGUCCAGAAUUGAAGGUACUGUAUGUGAAUAAAAAGAUAAGAGAAAUCUAAAA